AUGGCAAAUAUCUGUCUUGACUAUCUUUUCUUGCAAGACUUUGACAAGCAAGCAUCUCCAUCACAAGAUCUUUUCUCGCAGUACCCGUUCUGCAAGUACGCGAUAUCGAAUUGGGGCCUCCAUGCUCGUGGCGCAGAGGAAGAGGAGCUGGAACUGCGGCUUCUCGGUAACCAAGCCAAAGUAUAUGCCUUGGGUCGACUGUUGUUGAAUAGAAUGAAGACACCCAUAGUUCAAUACUUGGAUAUGGUGAGGCGCUGCCGGAAGGGCAAAAGGAAGUCGCAUACAUGCAUGACUAGCAUCCACGUCACGGCAUUCUUGGGACUUGCCAAGAUAACAGCGCAACUGAUAAGGCAGGGAUGCGACGUAAAUGGCUUUAGAGGCAACGAAGAGAACGAACAUUGGCCGCCGCUGUGUUUAGCAGCCAACAAUGGCCACGUAGCGACCGUGGAGCUGCUGCUGAGGAGCGGUGCCAACGUCAACCAGGCAUACAACAAUCUCACGGCAUUAUCUUGUGCCGCAUACCAAGGGCACGAGGCAAUUGCCAACAUGCUGCUGCGGAAUGGCGCCGACUUGGGCUCAGUGGACCCGAGUUGCAAUUACACACCACUCAUGUCUGCCAUCGAUGGUGGACAGCCGGCGACGUGUAAGCUCUUGCUCGACGAGGGCGACGGCUUGGAGACAAGAAAGACACAGGAUGAAACAUGCAUGUCUGGCUGUACCGAGAGUAUUCAGGUUCCCCAGGCGGAGCUGCUAUUCCGUGCAGUAUCAGGAAAUCACUUGGCCGUGGUCAAGUUGCUCGUCCAGGAGGGUGCCAACAUGGACGGAGCACUCGUAAUAGCCGCAACCUGGGGACACUACAGAAUAUGCAAGUUUCUCAUCGAAAGCGGCGCCCAUGUGAAUUCCGUCUGGAAGGGCCAAACCCCGCUGCAGGCUGCCUGCCUUUCGGACAAUGUAGAUGCCAGAAGUAUUGUUCGACUCUUGAUUGACAGCGGCGCGGACUCGCAUCGGCAAGGCCACUGCCCAGACUUGGUCGGGACUCCGUUGGAGAUUGCUGUUAGACGCGACAAUGUGCUCGAGGUUGACUGUCGCUUAUUUAGACGUGUGAAGACUAAAUCUUGGACCGAUUCGCCUUGCUGCCUGGCACAGGUAAGCAAACAGAACAGGAUCCAAAGGGAGCGCAGGGGGUCAGCUCUCAUACGAUCGCCGCGCGGGCUGUCACCGCACAAACAGGCCCUUAUAUCUGACAUCAGCCACAAAAGAGAUGCCCUUCAACCUGGCAAUCGUCACAAAAAGGAAGUCCUUAAACCAAGCACUCGUCUCAAAAGAGACCCAGAGUAUUAUGGGCCCUUGGCCGACUGUAUGGACGGGGUUCAAUAUUCGGAUAAUAUCAUGCGAGGUCGAGCAGGAACCCGAGUUGAGUGGGAGGUGGAGGCGAAGCCUGGCGUUGAGACGUCACAGGAGAACUGGGACAAGUUUGUCAACGGAAUAUAA